GGUGAAGAUAUUGUGAGUGGUCGGCACUGCCUGUGGCUUCCACACCUCUCACGACCACAGUCACGGCAACACAGUUCACAGAACAGGUUGGGCUCGCAGGACAAAUUAAGCAACUAAUUCCUCGGUAUCAAAAUGAUUCAAAGUUCAUGGCGGGGCCUAUCGGCAUGGGCUCUGCUACUGCUGCUGCGCCAGAUCUCUUCCUUCAGUGUAUCAACGACAGAUAUUAACAUCUCAAGUCCUGUCCCGCUUUCCAUAGCGACUGGAGGCGGCCAAGUCACCACCUUGAUGCUGCUCAUGACCCCCGCAGGUCACAAGAUCAAUGUCAAUCUUGGGGGCGGCACCCAAAACCAGUUUUGUGAUCUGAGGGCCAGGAACUGCCUGGAGGUGAAGGAGCAACAAGGGCACAAGAUCAGCGGCGUGUACACAGUCGCGCCUUAUAAGUGCUGUCCAGAACGCCUAGUACAGGUAUACUGUGACAUGGAAGCAGAUGGUGGAGGGUGGACGGUAAUCCAGCGAAGAGAUAAAUUUGACCAACAGGAAGACUUCUAUCGCACGUGGACCCAUUACGUCAAUGGCUUUGGCAACCUGACGGGGGAGUUUUGGUUGGGACUCGACCACAUUCACGCCAUCACGAACCAGACCAUCAACGAGGCGAGGUUCGAUCUCGGAGACUUUGAUGGCAACAAACGAUUGGCCAAAUACGACAGAAUUCACGUCGGCGACUCGAAAUCCCUAUACAAGCUGGAGCUUGGGGCAUUCUCGGGCGACGCCGGUGACGCCAUGGAACACCACAACGGCAGAAAGUUCUCUACUAUGGAUAAGGACAACGAUGAUCACUCAUCAAACUGCGCAGCCGUGUACAAGGGCGCGUGGUGGUACGGCAGCUGCCACAACACCAACCUCAACGGGGAGUACUUGAACGGGCCCACCGACAAGACUUCUCAGGGAAUCAUCUGGGAGUUCUGGCGGGGAGAUAACUACUCCCUCAAGAUGACGGAGAUAAAGGUCCGGCCUAGGGAUACUCUCGCUCCCUCAUGCCAAAGAAACUGACACAGGACACGAGAAUCUUUCCAUAAAGUUAGGGCCUCAGUUAACGCUGAUUUAGUUCUUACCAAUUAAUCCACUGGUGUACUAUUUUAACGCUUAGAAAGAGGUUGAAAAAAAUUAUAUAACAAUGUUGCUGUGUACUGUAUGUUUUAUAAGCCACUAACCCUUGCGCGUAGGUGAAGUUUUUAUAAUUAGAGGAGGCCAGCCAGGGCUCCAGACACCUGCACUUAAAUUCGUGAAGCCACGAAAGGCAGACUUUAAAAUUCAUCAUCGAGAGGCAUUUCGCCCCAGAAUCACAAAGACGAUAAUCCUACAACGAAAGCUUACAACUAAACCCCUCCUGUCCUAGUCUAAGUCUACCGUAUUUUAUUCUUAUUAAAUCUGUCCUAACUUGAUUCCCUAUCAUUCUAGACGAGUCGUGAGUACUGAACCCAUAAUAACCUAUUGUGAAUAAGUGGUUAGGUUAUUUAUGAUUGUAAUUAUACAUGUAUGAAUACCUGGGAAUAAAAUUAUUAUUAUUA